AUCCAUAUCUGGCUAGUUCAUCGGACGUGUACUUGCUAAAAAAUGGCUGCUGAGCAGAAUGGAGUAAAAAAGCCGUCAACUGAAGAAAAUAAAGAGAACAGCAUCGAUCAGAGUAUUGGUCUGGAGAUUCUGCAAAUUAUUAAAGACUCUCAGCAGCAGCAUGGACUCAGGCAUGGAGAUUACCAGCGCUAUAGGGGUUAUUGCUCCAGACGACUGCGUCGUUUAAGAAAGGCUCUGGGCUUUAAAAUGGGAAACAGACACAAGUUUACUGGAAAGAAAGUCACCGUGGAGAUGCUUUCAGACAACCGAUAUCUGUUGUUGGUGUUAAUGGAAGCAGAACGAGCUUGGAGUUACGCCAUGCAGCUGAAACAGGAAGCUAACACUGAGCCUAGAAAGCGUUUCCAUUUGAUGGCUCGCUUGCGGAAGGCUGCCAAACAUGGAGAGCAGCUAGAGAAGCUGUGUGAAUGUCCUAAUGUAGAUGCCAAGACCAAACUUGAGGCUCAGGCUUACACUGCUUAUCUGACAGGAAUGGUUCAGUUUGAACUACAGGAGUGGAAGUCUGCAAUGGAGGCCUUUAACAAUUGCAAGACCAUCUAUGAGAAACUUGCAAGUGCUUUUACUGAGGAGCAGGCUGUGCUUUAUCACCAGAGAGUGGAAGAGAUUUCACCUAACAUCCGAUACUGUGCAUAUAACAUUGGUGACCAGAACGCUAUAAAUGACCUCAUGCAGAUGAGACUGAGUGCAGGAGGAGGGGGUGGCAUGAUGGCUGAAAAAUUGGAGUCAUUGAUUACUCAGACAAGAGCCAAGCAGGCAGCUGUAAUGAGUGAGGUUGAAUGGAGAGGCCGUACAGUUCCUAUCAAAAUUGAUAAGGCCAGAAUAUUUCUGCUGGGUCUGGCUGACAAUGAAGCUGCUAUUACACAGGCAGAUAAUGAAGAGACUAAGGAGCACCUGUAUGAGAGUCUGCUGGCAGAGUGUAGAGACACCAUCCAGGCUGUCAGGGAGGAGCUCAGGACUGAUGUGAAGCAGAGAGAACGAGCCACCGACGUUGCUGAGAGUAGCAAGGUAUCUAAUCUGCAGUAUUUACACAGCUAUCUUACAUAUAUCAAGUUGUGGACUGUGGUGAAGAGAAAUGAGAGCAUGGCACAUUCACUGCAAACUAAGCUGAAAGAGCCUCAGACUGAUGAGAACAAAAGAGGACCGCGACCACAGGAUCUCAUACGACUCUAUGACAUCAUACUGCAGAGUCUUGCUGAGCUGUCAUCACUUCAAGGUCUAGAGGAGGAUCACACUUUCCAGAAAGAACUGUCCCUCAAGACUUUGGUCUACAAGGCUUACAGGUGUUUCUAUAUAGCUCAAUCCUAUGUUUUGGUGAAGAAGUGGAGUGAAGCUCUUGUUCUUUAUGAAAGGGUUCUGAAAUAUACCAAAGAGGUCCAAUCCAAAGCAAAGAGCCUUAGUAACAACCUUAAGGAUCUCCCUGAUGUCCAGGAGCUGAUUGCUGAGGUCAAUGCUGAAAAGUACUCCCUCCAAGCUGCAGCCAUCUUAGACACUGAAGACAUUGCUGAGUUGCCCUCACAGCAGCAGAUUAAAGACACCACGCCUCUGUCUGAUCGACUGGAGAAUUUUCGACUAGACUCCACCCUUUUGAGCAAGCAGCCCAACCUGGUGCAGUUCCCUCCAGACUUUCAGCCAAUUCCAUGCAAGCCUCUCUUCUUUGAUCUGGCUCUCAACCAUGUGGUGCUUCCACCUCUUGAUGACAAGGUUGAGCAGAAGGGGAAGGGUGGCAUCACUGGCUACUUCAAAGGCUUCUUUGGCUUUGGAAGCUAAAUCUAAAACCAGGUUUUGUGUUUGGCUGUCUGAAUGGAGAUUUUUGUUCAGGAUUAAGAGUUAUUAAAUCCUUCUCCAUUUACAUGUCUUUGAUUUAAGUAAAUGUUUAGCCUCCUUCAUAUGGUGUAGGUAUGGUGUUGAGACCAUUUAUUCAUAUGCAAGAAUAUCUUGUCAGGUGACAGUGGUAAUCCUUAGUGUCAUUACACCAUCUUACAUACAGUUUGAAAGUUUUGUUUAGUGUAAGUUAGUAUUGCUAUUUUAAUCAAACUCUUGAGCCAAAAUGGUCAGUUGCCAUUAAAAAAAGUCAUUGACAUGAUUUUUGUCUGACAUUUGUACGGAGACCCGGAAGGGACGUGAUGGUAGGGAAAAAACAGGUGGAACAAACAGUAAUUAGAAUAUAAACAGUAA